AGAGAUUCUAGGAUUCUAACAAUAAGGUAAUAAAUAAUAAGGCUUGUAACAUUCAUAGAGACGAAUUAAGCAUGAAUGAGAAAAUUCAAAAAAAAAAUAAUAAAAAUAAACUUAUAUUAUUUUUACUCACUUAAAGAGAUUUUAGCUACUGGGACAGACACAUAAAACCAGUUCGUAUCGUGAUCGCAGUAAGGGGUACAACGUAGGAUACACCAGACGCGAUCUAAACAAACUCAUUCUUUGCGGGUGAAGAUGGGACUCGCCGAAAUCUUCCGGUAUCUAUAUCAUUUUAUCGACUCCUUUCUAGACCAUCUGCUAGCAAGAUGUCACUUGUCUUCAAACGGAGAAUACGGAUGGAAGUCCUUUGACCGCAAGACCGGCCAACUCAUGCGCGAGCAACAACCCCUAACCAAGAAGAUCAAGCUUCUCCUCCUCUUCAACCCGCUCACAGAAUGGAUCGACACCACGCACCUGAUGCGGCUCUGGAUCCACAACAAGUCCGUCCGGAAGGGCGUGGAGGAAGGCACUCCGGCCUCGCACGGCCAGAUCCGCGCGUUCGUUGACACCUACGGCAUCAACAUGGACGACUUCGAGCCCUCGGACGUCGAGAAGUACCGCACCUUCGAGGAUUUCUUCGUCCGCGCGCACCGCCCCGGAUCCCGACCCAUCGACUCCCCCGACGACCCAGCGGGCGCCGUGGUGGUCGCCGACUCCCGCGUCGUCACGUACGAAUCCGUGGCCGAGACGAGGAAGCUGUGGAUCAAGGGCACCGACUUCACCAUGAAAAACCUGGUCAUGGACACCCAGCUCGGGGAGCACUUCGCCGAUGCGGCGGUGGCUAGUUUCCGCCUGUCGCCGCAGGAUUACCAUCGGUACCACUCGCCCGUGACGGGCGCGACCAAGACGUUCCGCAGCAUUCCGGGAGAUUACUACCAAGUCGAUCCCGUCGCGCUGCAGAGCGGCGUGAAUAUCCUCACGUCUAACGCACGCAGCUACCUCGUUAUCGAAACGGAGCAAUUCGGCGACGUGUUAUUCGUAGCUAUCGGAGCGACGGACGUCGGAACCGUACGCAUUCACGACAAGUUCCAAAAGCCCGGUACCGAGAUCAAGAAGGGCGACGAGAUAGGGUUCUUUCAAUUCGGCGGGUCUUCCAUCAUCGUCGCGUUCCAAAAGGGGGCGAUCAAGUUCGACCAGGACUUGCUGGACCUCAGUCGCCAGAAGAUACAAGUCUCGGUGGAAGUCGGCAUGAGUCUCGGACGGGCUAAUCCUAUGCAUAAAAAGGUGGCUUGAUGGAGAGAAUCUCGAGACGCGAAAGAGGUAAUCUAUAGGAGGAGGUAUGUAUGUAGUUUAGGAGCGCGGGGUAUUGCUCAGGCAUACUUAAUAUAAGGUAAUUUUCAUAUGCCAUACUAGGUAGUAUUGUAGAGCCCCUUCAAAAUACUAUCUGGUUACUGCUAGAAUAUGUUUAGACCUACUUCGUAGUUUUCAUGAUAUUUCCCCCUGGAUUUCUAUAAGAUAAAUCAUCUUAAUUAAUGACAACCACUGUUAUCAGAGCUACGCCGUAGGUAAUCUCUUCAUUCACUGGGCUAGGUAUUUGACCUAGUGACAUAGUGAAUAGUAUAAGCUUGAGCGGAAAGCUCUCCGAUACCUCUUUGAUAUCUCCGUUGCUUUGUCCAAAAAAGCCCCUUUGACCAUACCCCCUAGCUACC